UCUCAAACCCAACAUCCCUUUUCUCUUUCAUCUUCUUCUACUUCCUCUCAUUCACUUCCUCCAAGGAAUACCAUAAUCACCGAACACACAGCCUAAGAAGAUGAUGAUGAACAUGAAGAAACAGCUUCACCUCCAACAUUCCCCAUCAGUUCUGAUCAUUAUCACUCUACUCUUCACCACAACCUUGGCUCAGUCACCAGCAAAUGCUCCAGCAGCUUCUGGCCCAACCCCUCCUAGCCCAGCCCUUCCCGGACCAACCGCUUCUGGCCCAGCUCCUCCUAGCCCAGCAGCUUCUGGUCCAGCCCUGCCUAUCCCAGCCCCUCCUAUCCCGGCCCCACCUAUCGCAGUCCCUCCUAGCCCAGUCGCUGCUGGCCCAGCCGUUCCUGGCCCAGCUGCUUCUGGUCCAGCCUCUCCUGGCCCAACCAGUGUCAUAAAAAUCCUAGACAAAGCUGGGAAGUUCAACAUAUUUAUCAAGCUACUGAAGAGCACAGUCAUUGGAGACCAGCUGAACUCAGUACUCAAUGACACAAACCAAGCCAUCACCCUCUUCGCCCCACCAGACAAUGCCUUCUCUAGUCUCCCUAAGGGGACUUCCCUUAACUCUUUCACUCGUGAGCAGCAGAUAAAAUUGGUGCAGUUUCAUGUGGUUCCUAUGUAUAUUCCUCCCAUACAGUUCCAGACCCUUAGUAACCCUGUUCGUACACAGGCUGGGAGCAGUAGUAAUGGCCAAUUUCCAUUAAAUCUCAUAACUUCUGGCAAAAAUGUGAGUAUGACUACUGGAAUUGUUAAUGCCACUUUGGUCCACACAAUCUACACAGAUGGGCAGUUGGCUGUGUAUGAAGUGAAUAAAGUACUCCUGCCUAUGCAAUUUUAUGUUACUCCGGCUCCGGCUCCGGCACCGGCACUGCCUGAGCCAAAGAAGAAGUCCCAUCCUUUGUCUGCUGCACCUUCAAUUUCUACUGUGGUUCCAUCUAAUGCAGUGAGUAUCUCAAGGUCCGUUGGGGUUUUCUUUGCAGUUGCAGUAGUUGCAGUCAUUGCUAUAUGAAUCAGAAUUUAUGAUCAUCUACUGUGAGCAAAGAUGAAAUGAGUGGGUUUUGAAUAAUUUGGGGAUCUCUCUUUGUUCUUGAAUCCUUUUGCAGUUUCAUUUGAAUGCUUUUGCAGUCAUGAGAAGGGUCUGUUGUCGUCAAAUAUUGUUGGGUUGAUCACUUUUAAUUUGAUAUAUUUUUUUUUUCUGUUACUUUAUAUCAGAAUAAAAGAGCAUCUAGGGCUAUGCCGUAGAUGGAGCACAAAUCUAAUU